AGUAACGUCCUGUAUUAUAAAACAGAAAUAUACUAGUUCUGUUUUGCAAAAACGUUAACCUUCAGGGAAAUAAAAGAAGGGAGAACAAUUCGUUUUUAUAUAAAAAACGUUAUAUUUCCUGGCUUGGUGAAGUGAAUUUACGAUAUAUUAAAAAAAUAAGCCUACAACUGCAUAUGUAGAAAAAAUUUCGUGCCUUUAUAUCUCUUUACUGAAACUCUGCACUUUUUUGGAGUGUUAUACUUUAAUUUUACUACAUAUGGGUAUAUGUAUAUGUAUACAUGUAUGUAAUUUUUUAAAUGUAUCUGCGCCAUAGGUAUUCUGAUUUGUCGAAAUAAAGCAAAUUAUUGAACUGUGUAAUGAGCCGCAGAAGUCAACUGAGUCUGGGAAACAGUGAUUAAUGAAAAACUUGAAUUAAAUGAUAUGAAAUAUCAACGUUUAUUUUACUACAAUGAGCAGUAACAACUUGCAGCAAUGGUGGGAAUAUACUUAUCGCCAUCAUCAGCUGAAACAUGCUUUCAAUCCUCACGAUAUGCACGGUCUCCAGAUACCUCCACUUAUCACAAAGGACACUCGUUCAGAUAUAUUAAAGCAGAUCGGUAACAAUGAUUAUGGCUCCUUUUUAAAUUACACUAUAACAGACUCUCCGAUUGACAUUCCUGACUCAGAAGAUAACCUCUUAUCUUCAGCUACGUUGUUAAUUAUGGUCGUACUAUUUGGACUAGUUGUAUUUGGUGGCGUAUUAGGUAAUACAACAUUAUUGUUCACGCUUUGUUCGGCAUCAUCAGUGCGAUUGCGAAAUCCGCUUUUAUUAGCUGUUUGCCUUGCCGACUUGUUAGUUACGGGCAUUUCUGCACCAAUGACUUUAUUAAAUGUAGCCCUGAAUCGUAAGACGAACACUUUACCACUGAUAAUAUGCAAAGUAAUUCAUUAUGUGCAGAUAAUGCCAGUGGCUGCAAGUACAAUUUCUUUCUUCAUGCUGUCACUUGAUCGUUAUGCCACAGUAAGACACCCAUGUUUGUCACAGUUACGUCAGCGUCGAUAUUUGCAUAUUUCAUUAGCGCUCUUUUCUUGGAUCGCAUCAGCUGUUCUCUGCGCGCCAUUUCUCUACACAUACAACAUAAUUGCGAAAAGUGCAAUAACAAGUCUCGAUGACAGCAACAAAUAUGCAACAUCGUCUGAAAUUUUGCUAGGGACCAAUGAAAAUGCUAAACUGGGACCGUUUUUGCUUACCACCACAGCUUUACCAAACGUCAGAAUAAGCUGUACUUCCGACCUCGGGUCCAAUACAUUUUUAAUUUCAUUUAUUAUUUUUCAUACUUUUGCCGUAUUUAUUAUACCCGGAUGUGGUGUGCUAUUAAACCAUUACGGUGUACGCCAGAAGUUAUGUGCACUUUCUUUAACAGCGCGCGCGGCUCACGGUGAAUUACCACUACCUAUGCCCAUACUCCGUAGACAAACGCACAUGGUUAUUGUAACUGGGAUCGCCAACGCUCAGCAGACAACCGGAUGUCCGGUCACAAAUAACCCCUCUAAUGGACCUGAUAUACAAAUGCAAAACUUAAAUCCAGGUUCCAUUAUCGGAAAAAGUCAUGAUUUCAUCAAAUCCUCCAACCCCAUAUCACCAAGGGCAAUGCGUGAAAUUCGGGCACAUUCCCAACGUCAACGUAUUAACCAUAAAACAUGUUUGCAUGGUCCAGCUGCGCCCGGUAUACCAUUACCACGAACUUCAACUCUCCACUCGAGACGACGUCUAGCCAAUAUACUCAUAGCAUCAGCCAUAAUAUUUAUUUUAUGUUGGGCGCCCCACGUAUUUUGCAUAUUUUACACAAGCUUCGGUUAUAAGCAUUAUUGUUCUAAGACUUCCAAGUACUUUCAUUUGCUACUAG